AGCUGGAUGAAGUGUCCUGUCAAGCUUUGCAAAUGACCAAAACAAAAGUUGAGAAGGAACUUGCAGUUUUGACCACAUUUUUAGAAAAUGCAGAAAAGGAAGCUGACAAUUCCUGUGAGAAACUUCUUGCAGCUGAAAAUCAGGCCUCCAAGAACAAGAAAUUAAAAGUCAUUGCCUUGGAAAAUGAGUUCAAGACAAUUUUCACAAGCAUGAAGCCCCUCAAGAAAAAGCGCUCAAUUUUGCACAUGAAGUAUGGCACUCUGUAUCAACAGAGCUCUGCAAAGAGGCACUUGGUUGCCAUUUUCAUUGGCCAAAGGUUCCAAGCUACGAAGACUUCAUUUGAGGAUGCAGAUGGUCCAAGUCCUCCCAAGUUGCCCACAAGCAGACUUUGUGACUGGAUUGCUGCCAAAAAGUCUUUUGCACUUUAUUGGGAAUCUAGUCUCAGCAGGGCA